AUGUCAGCUGCAGUGGUGAGCUUUGGCUGCGGGUUGGCAGGCUGCACUGACAUCCAAAGAAGGACUAUCUGCCUCGUGGCAGUGUACAUCACCUGCGACAUAAGCGUGAACCUCUGCAGUGAGGCCGCUUCGCAAGGCUAUCAGAAGGCCAGUGCCGUGCUCAUCACGUCCCUGGUCUCUGCAAUCAUCGGUGCCGUGUGGGCAUGGCGGCAAGAUGGGACAAGGGGUUUGCAUCGAUGCAUCGCACCAGAGAAUGUCUUUUAUCCAUCCAACCUGUUUGCCUCCGUGUUGUUUGCUUGUUCAAGCAUCUCGCUAUUGAAGGCCUUUGAGAAGCAGAGCGCUGCUUUCAUCAAGCUGGUCGGGCAGUUGAAGCUCCCUCUGGCAGCCAUUCUGGCACGAUACUUCCUGGGCAAGAAGUAUUCACUGGCCCUGAAGCUGAACAUUUGGACCAUCUCGUGUGCCUGUGGAGCCAUCGUGGUGUUGAGGACCAACCUUGACUUUUGGGGAAUCUUCAACAAGCUGAAGUAUAUCCUUUUUAUGGUUGUUAGCAAUGUGGGCGCAAACCUUGCUGCGGAGAAAACGUUGAAGAGGGACGGUGCGCUGCCGUUUCACGUGAUCAUGACUAACAUGAGGAUUGGAGAAAUUCUGUGCACAAUGGUAUUCCUCUUUGGCUACAACUUCCUUCUGGGGCUCCAAAAGGAGUCUAUCUUCUCCUGGAAUAUCUUCAGUGGGUGGGACAUUACAACCGUGUGGGUUGUGGGAACACAUGUUCUGGACACGUGGAUCACUGCAUUGAUGGUUAAGAGACUCUCUUCGGUCCAUAAGUAUGUCGUCAAAUGCUUCACCAUGGUGGUUCUGUUUGGAAUCACGUGGUACCGUGGCAAAAAACACUGGACCUUGGCGGAGGCCUUGGUGGCCGUCAUGAUUGUGUUGCUCACGUGGCAGUUCGCAGCUUUGGCACAUGAGGAGAAUGAGAAGCAGAAGUCGUCCUGGCGAAGUGAUCCG